CUCCUUCUUCUUCUCUCUCUCCUAAGAUCACAAAGCAACGGCCAGCGACUAUUUUUCCUCCCGUCUCCGGCGAUUGACGGAGGGAAGAACUUGGGGCAGGCGGCGAUUGACGGAGGGAAGAACUCGUGCAGGCGGCGACAGCGAUUGAAGGAGAGAACGACCCAGCGGCAACGGCGACGGCGAUUGACAUCGAUGAUUGUGACGAUUCCAGCGACGAGGGUUAGAGUUUUGAAGGGAAGCGAUGCCGUCGAGCAGAUCUUUGUUUGGGGGUAAUGGCGUCGAAGCUGGCAGAUCUUGAACUCUGUCGCUGCGGACUCGCCGACUCGGGUGGGGGAAGGAACAGAGAUGUGAGUUUUUGGGUGGAUCGGGUGGGGGAAAGAAUGAAGAAGGAGAUGGUGUCGCAGACUUGGAGCUUCCGCCGCCUCAGAGGAACCAGAGGAACCAGGGCUAGGGUUUUACUAGAAAAAUGGGACGGGCUUGAGGUUGUUUGGGUUGUGGGCUUUGGGGGUUGUGGGCUUGGGGGUUGUGGGCUUUGGGGGUUGUGGGUGUAAGUUCGGUUGGUCGGUUCGGAAAUCGGAAUUCGGGUUCGGUUGGACAGACCCUGAUUUCCGAAAUAAUGAAUUCUGCCUUCCGAAUUCCGAACCGAACAAGAAUAUUUCGGUUUCGGUUCGGUCUGUUUCGGUUUCGG